UCAAGAAAAUCAGUCAUCAUUUUUGCUCCCCAAUCAUAAACCCUUGUAGAACCCUAACCCGUGAUAAGAAUUGAUAAUCAACAAUGAGAAUGAUGAUGAUAUAUCGUCAAUCUUCAAUCCUUCAUAGUUGUAGUAGACUGUCAGCAUAUACUUCUUCUUCUUCUUCAUCAUCAUUUCUCUCACCUAUCAAACCAUCUUCGGUUCAAUCCCUAAUUUGGUUAAAACCCUCUCGCAGACGCAUUAGAGCUUAUGCAACAUCUUCAUUAGCUUCAGUUGAAGACGUAGACGUGAAGAGGAGAAAUGAUAACAGUACUAGUUUCUUUGCUGAUGAUUCAAUUUCAUGGACUUCUCUUGGUGUUUCUGAACAACUUUCUAAUGCCUUACACAGCAUUGGUCUUCAAAAGCCCUCUUUAAUUCAGGCUGCUUGUAUACCAUCAAUACAUUCAGGAAAUGAUGUAGUUGUUGCAGCUGAAACUGGUAGUGGCAAGACACAUGGGUAUUUAGUCCCGUUGAUUAAUAACUUACUCAAGUCUGAUUCCUCUGAUGAUGAUUCGGUGUCGGGUACUAGUGAUUUGAAUCAUGGAGCUCCUCGGUUUGGUAAAUUUUCCCUUGUUCUGUGUCCUAAUGUGAUGUUGUGUGAACAAGUAACGAAGAUGGCAAAUAGUUUGGUUGGUGAUUCCGGCGAAGCCCUAUUAAGAGUUGCAGCUGUGUGCGGGCGACAGGGAUGGCCAGUUGCUCCCCUGGAUAUUAUUGUAUCAACGCCGGCUGCUCUUUUAAAUUAUCUUUUUGCGAUUGAUCCUGAUAGGCGACGUCGUACUGAUUUUGUUCGUGGGCUGAAAUAUGUGGUGUUUGAUGAAACAGAUAUGUUGCUUUGUGGAAGUUUUCAGAAUCAGGUUAUCCGGCUAAUACAUAUGUUUCGGUUUGAGGAGAAGGUAUUGUCGAGGGCGAAAAGUGCUCAAAUAUCAAAUUCGGCAGAAUUGAAUGCUGAAUCUUUAUCACUUCCUGAGUAUGACGAUGAGGCUGAGGACGAGGAAUUGAAAGCAGCAUUCGAUUCUAAAGAGGAUGAAGGCACUGAGGAUGAAGACGAGGAGGAGGAAGAUGCUGAAGUUGGAGGUGCUGACGUUGAAGUUGCUGAGAGCAGUGGUAUCCUUAGGGUCUCGAAGGAAAUUGGAGCGGGGUCGAGCAGAACAAGAGACUGGAGAAGGGCUAGAAAGAUUUAUGAGCGCAGCAAGCAAUACAUAUUUGUUGCAGCUACCCUUCCUGCAAAUGGCAAGCAGAUGGCUGGUGGAGUAUUGAAGCGUUUAUUUCCGGAUGCCAGUUGGGUUAGUGGAAAUUAUCUACAUUGUAACAACCCCAGACUGGAGCAGAGGUGGAUUCAAGUUACAGUUGAUACUCAAGUAGAUGAGCUCAUAAAUGCUGUUAAGCAAGGUAUGCAGCAUGACAAUGGGAUUAGUCGGACUAUGGUGUUCGCAAAUACUGUUGAAGCUGUGGAGUCAGUGGCUAAGAUAUUGUUGAGAGUUGGUGUUGAAUGCUUUUUUUACCACAGUAGCUGCUCUUUAGAAGUACGUACUAAGAAUCUGACUGAUUUCCAAGAAAAAGGUGGUGUUCUUGUGUGUACUGAUGCUGCUGCACGCGGUCUAGACAUCCCAAAUAUUUCACAUGUUAUCCAGGCGGAGUUUGCGUCAUCUGCUGUAGAUUUCUUGCAUAGAAUUGGCCGUACAGCAAGGGCAGGGGAAGCUGGACUUGUCACAAGCUUGUACACGAGAUCCAACAGGGAUCUUGUUGAUGCACUGCGUCAAGCAGGGAAAACAGGUCAACCUGUGGAAAAAGCAUUUAGCAGGAAGAGAGGUUUCCGAAAUAAGCUGAAAAAACAAGCAGGUUUAAGGAGAUUGGAUGAUGCAUCAUCUGUUCAAAACAACCGGGCCGUUCUUGCAUAAAUGCACUUUUAUGCAGGUCGGUCACAUGAACUGCCUAUGUAUUUAUUACAUAUUUUCAGGAAUAAAUCUUGCUUGGAUGUAGCUCUCAGUCACAUGAUUUCUGAUUCUCUGCGAGAUGAAUGUCAGACAACCUUUGCAACAUCCACCUUCCUCAAAUCCCACUCAGCAUAGAUAAGUUCAAUUUUCACAACACCGACCUUCCUCAUAUCCCACUUAGUUUACAUAAGUUUAAUUCCUUUUAAUUCCAGUUUAGCUCGUCUUACUCUCCAGUCUUACUCUUUACUGCCUAAUUUUUAUUGCAUUAGGCGUUAAAUAAACUACAGCAUGUGAUAAAGUACGGAGUUAUUCCAAGUUGCACUUUGGAAUUGAAACCCAAGAAGAUGCUACGGGGAAAAACACACCAAUGAAAAGCUGUCGAAUCAGGGAUAAUCGAGCUACUGUAAUCGAAUUACAGACAUUUUAAAAAUAUAAAAAUCGUUAACAGCUGCCAAUAAAAACAUAAACACGAAUUAAUUGUAACCUAAUUAUUCCAACUUAUCUGUUUCG